UCACUCCACUCCCACACCAUCAGCUCUCUCACACAUCCUCCCCAAUGUCUUCCAAGUACUUGCUAGUUUUGCUCCUGGGAGCGGUGCUUUUUGCCGCCGCCGUCCUCUCCGACGGCCACCACCCUUUCAAAAAAGAGCACAAACCACACCACGAGCACCACCACAAGCACCACCCUGGCGGUCGCCGUCUGUUGGAGACCGUCGAAGUCGAGGACUCACACAAGCCAUUCCCCGAACACAAGCCCCCACACCACCACCACCACCACCCUCAUGAACUCAUUCUCGCCGAGGAGGUCGAAAAAGAAGACUCCCACAAAAAGCCAUUCCCAGGAAAGAAGCCGCCCCACCACCCUGGCCACAUGCUCGCUGAGGAAGUGGAAACCGAUGAAAAAAAGAAGCCAUUCCCCGAGCACAAACCCCCGAAGAAAGGCGACAAGCCUCCACCGAAGCACAAGCCUCCCCACGAGGGGCACAUUCUCGUAGAGGAGGUGGAAGAGGACUCGAAGAAGCCUUUCCCUGAGCACAAGCCGCCCAAGAAAGGUGAGGAGCCGAAGAAGGGAAAGGGAGAGAAACCACCACCGAAGCACAAGCCACCACACGAGGGACACAUUCUCGUAGAGGUGGAAGAGGGUUCAAAGAAGCCGUACCCUGAGCACAAGCCCCCCAAGAAAGGCGAGGAGCCGAAGAAGGGAAAGGGAGAGAAGCCACCACCAAAGCACAAGCCGCCACACGAGGGACACAUUUUCGUAGAGGAGGUGGAAGAGGACUCGAAGAAGCCAUUCCCAGAGCACAAGCCGCCGAAGAAAGGCGAGGAGCCAAAGAAAGGCAAGGGAGAGAAGCCGCCGCACCACAAGCCACCGCACAAGCCCCCCACCGAGAACUGAGUGUCUGUUCUUCAAUGAAUGUAUACGUCGUGUGCAUAUCACGCGUUCAAAUAAGAGCUGGUCCAUAGAGUAUGUGGUACUACCGUGUUAGCUGGUUGGCUAUUUGUGUUCCAUGUGAUAUAGGAUGUUCGUACUUUGGUUGGGCAUUUCCUUAGUUUGCCUACGUUAAUAUAUGCUAAGUACUUGCUA